AUGUCUAUUGUUUCUAUGGACUUUGGACGUGUUCAGCCAAUUCAGUGUCUUGAAACUAUUGCUGGCGGACAUUAUUCUGCAAAUGGAAAUUCCUUGGUUCGUGUUGCUCCUCAGGUUUUUCCUCCUUUUGGCAGGUGUUCAAUUAAAAAUGCUACAUUCUUUGUCCCUUUUAACAAAAUUGCUUUGGCCGCUGAUUCUUUUCUGACCGAUAACAAUUCAAUGAAUGGUUUACUUAAUAUUAUGCCAUAUUUUGAAAGUUGGCAGAUUAAUGCUGUCUUUGCUAAUGGACAGCGUGGCUUUGAAUUGGCAAAUCAGGUUGGUACUUCUGAAAAUCCACCUCUUUCGCCAUAUGAUUUUGUUCAUCCUAUUGCUACAAAUCUGUAUGGCUAUUUUAAAUUAACACCACGUGGUGAAAAGGCUUUUGCUAUUCUUAAGUCAUUAGGUUAUGACUUCCGUAAUUAUAAUACUACUGUAUUUGGUUCUACUACUCAAAUGUGUCAGUCACAUAUGUAUCGUGUUAAUGCAAUGCCGUUGCUUGCAUAUCUUAAAGUGUAUUAUGAUUACUUCAUGAGCGGAGUUUAUCAGAAUAAUUCUGAACUUGGUAAAUUCCUCAUGGCUGUUUAUGCUGGAAAUUCAUACCAGUCUGGUGCAAAUAAUGUUUAUUUUUCUGGUGACCAUAGACUUAUGGCUAUUAAUCUUAAUGGAACUGAAAUCUAUCCUUUCUGGAUUAAUUUGUUCCGUGAUACU